AUGGAUUUCAACCUGGUACCGAGGGGCUUUGACCGGAACUAUACGGGCUUCCUCACCAAGACAAUCGUCUACUCAGGCACACUGGUGCUGUUCCUCGCUUCUUUUGCGUUAACACUAUGCUCCAUCAUCAUUCCCAGAUGGGUCAGCUAUCAUAGCGAGAAGCCCGCCCACCACUAUUCCUACGGUCUCCAUCAACGCUGCUCUUCGCUCACUGAUACCUGCGAGAGUUUCCCACAAAGCGAAGACUGCCAUGGAGACGACCGGUAUUUCUGCUCGAUGUGGCGAUCCGUCGGGUUCUUGAUGUCCUUUACCGUGGUGUUGGAAGGCAUGAGCGUCGUUGCCUACCUUAUCAUCCUCGGUGGUGGGAAGCGGCUGCGCGAAAAUGGUUGGCGGGUUCUCAGUCUGUUGAUUAUUCUGUCUGCUAUCGUGCAGGCAGCCGGCAUGUCGAUUGUGGCAUAUCUGUUCGACAACGAGGACCGGUUCUUCGUUGGCUGGCAUCUGGAUCAGUCCUGGGUUUUCUGUACUGUCAGUUGGUGCUUUAGUCUGAUCUGCGCGGGCGCGAUCGUCAUCGCUGCUCAGAUUUUGCCUUCCGAGGGAGGUUAUGAGCUUAUCCCGGAUCAUGACCUGCUUCGGGCCACCUCUUGA